AUGGAAGUUCAUGGUGCUGCCCAGAAUCUGACUCCCAACUCCUGGUUGGACUCUGGUGAUAGCAAGCAACCCCAAGGUGGUGGUGGCUGGAACAGAGUUUGCUGCCUGGGCUGGGCAGGCAGGCAGGAAUGCGGGGUAUGUGAAGGUGAAGCAGAUGCAUCGUUGGAGUCUUUUACAAGCCAGGGAAGGGGAAAAGAAAAUGAGCAAGAAGAGAGAGUGCUGAAGAAUGCAGAGACAGGAAACAAGAUGGCAGAGGUGAAGAUAGAGGAGCCAGAAGCGGAGGAAGAUCAGACGGAGGGAGAGGAGCUAGAGAAGGAGGAAUUGGAUGAGUUCAUUGUGAACAUUGACAUAAAGGAGAACAAGGUGAUGGUAGAGGAGCCAGAAGCAGAGGAAGAUCAGACGGAGGGAGAGGAGCUAGAGUGGGAGGAAUUGGAUGAGUUCAUUGUGGACAUUGAGAUAAAGGAGAACAAGGUGAAGGUAGAGGAGCCAGAAGCAGAGGAAGAUCAGACGGAGGGAGAGGAGCUAGAGAGGGAGGAAUCAGAUGAGUUCAUUGUGGACAUUGAAAUAAAGGAGAACAAGGUGAAGGUAGAGGAGCCAGAAGCAGAGGAAGAUCAGACGGAGGGAGAGGAGCUAGAGUGGGAGGAAUCGGAUGAGUUCAUUGUGGACGUUGACAUAAAGGAGAACAAGGUGAAGGUAGAGGAGCCAGAAGCAGAGGAAGAUCAGACGGAGGGAGAGGAGCUAGAGAGGGAGGAAUCAGAUGAGUUCAUUAUGGACAUUGAGAUAAAGGAGAACAAGGUGAAGGUAGAGGAGCCAGAAGCAGAGGAAGAUCAGACGGAGGGAGAGGAGCUAGAGAGGGAGGAAUCGGAUGAGCUCAUUGUGGACAUUGAGAUACAGGAGAACAAGGUGACGGAGAAGAGAGUUUCUUUCAAGACUUCAUAUUCAGGUACAAAACAGAAUGGAAGUGAAUUGAGGUAA